AUGACUGUUACAGUGAAAGAAGAGGAAGACGUUUUUGGAGCGAAGGAAGAGGAGGGGGAGAUUACUGUCACAUUGGAGGACGAAGAAGAACAGAGGACUGGAGAACUGAUUAACACCAGUAAAUACAGAGAGAUACCAGACUCUCACUCUGACAGCAGGAAGAGUCCUUCAGAGGAACCAGACCCAGAGACGCCCAAACCAGUGAGACGACAUCACUGGUCCCAGUGUAAAAAGAGUUUUAAGUGGUUAUGGAAGCUGAAAAGUCAUGAUAGAACAGACACAGGAGAGAAGACUUCACAAUGUUCCCAAUGUGGAAAGAGUUUUACACGGUUGGGGAACCUGAAAAGGCAUGAGAGAAUACACACAGGAGAGAAGCCUUUCCAAUGUUCCCAAUGUGGAAAGAGUUUUACACGGUUAGGGAGCCUGAAAGAACAUAAAAUUAUACACACAGGAGAGAAGCCUUUCCAAUGCUCCCGGUGUGAAAAGGGCUUUAGGUGGUUAGGGAACCUGAAAAAGCAUGAGAGAACACACACAGGAGAGAAACCGUUCCAAUGCUCCCAGUGUGUAAAGAGUUUUACACAGUUAGGGAGCUUGAAGGAGCAUGAAAGGAUACACACAGGGGAGACAUCUUACCAUUGCUCCCUGUGUGGAAAAGAUUUUACCAAGUUAAGGAACCUAAUAAAACAUACAGAAUUACACACAGGUGAGAAGCCUUUCCAAUGCUCCCAGUGUGGGAAGGGUUUUACACGGCUAGGGAACCUGAAGGAUCACAAAAGAGUACAUACAGGAGAGAAGCCUUUCCAAUGUUCCCAGUGUGGAAAGAGUUUUACACGGUUACGGAGCCUGAACGAACAUAAAAUAAUACACACAGGAGAGAAGCGUUACCAAUGUUCCCAGUGUGGAAAGGGUUUUACCCUGUUAGGGAGCCUGAAAAAGCACGAGAGAACACACACAGGAGAAAAGCCGUUCCAAUGCUCCCAUUGUGGAAAGAGUUUUACACAGUUAGGGAGCUUGAAGGUGCAUGAAAGGGCACACACAGGGGAGACAUCUUACCAUUGCUCUCUGUGUGGAAAGAAUUUUACCAAGUUAGGGAACCUAAAAAAACACAAACAAUUACACACCGGAGAGAAACCUUUCCAAUGCUCCCAGUGUGGGAAAGGUUUUACACGGUUAGGGAACCUGAAGGACCAUCAAAGAGUACACACAGGAGAGAAGCCCUUCCAAUGUUCCCAGUGUGGAAAGAAUUUUACAUGGUUAGGGAACCUGAAAAAGCACGAGAGAACCCACACCGGAGAGAAGCCUUUCCAAUGUUCCAAGUGUGGAAAUAGUUUUAAAAGGUUAGGGAGCCUGAAGGAGCAUGAAAGGACACACACGUGGGAGACAGCUUACCAUUGCUCUAUGUGUGGAAAGAAUUUUACCAAGUUAGGGAACCUAAACAAACAUGAAAAAUUACACACGGGAAAGAAACCUUUCCAAUGCACCCAGUGUGGAAAGGGUUUUACACGGUUAGGGAACCUGAAAGACCAUAAAAGGACACACACAAGAGAGAAACCUUUCCAAUGUUCCCAGUGUGGAAAGGGUUUUACCCAGAUAGGGAACCUGAAAAGGCAUGAGAAAAUACACACAGGAGAGAAGUCGUUCCAUUGUCCGCAGUGUGGAAAGGAUUUUACCCAGUUAGUGAACCUGAAAAGGCAUGAGAAAACACACUCGGUUUUAACAAUGACCCCAGGAGUUGGAAACGGUUCGGAGAACAGAACAGAAAACCGCGUAAGAACAAAAAAAAUGAAGAAACAGAAACCGAACCGGGAAAGAAAGUGAUCUCGACAGUUUUUUGAAACAGAACCGUUAUUUUUAAAGUAACUGUCCAGUGAAAAUCUAACUUGAAAAAGUUAAUAUUCUGUUAAAAUAUCAUUAUGACGUCAU